CUCUCUCAUUUCAGCUACUCCUUGUAUUGUGGUUAACAAGAACAGAUAUCUUAUCCAUUGAAUAUUUAAAUUAUUAUGGUUAAAUUUAUAAAAACGGCUUAUUUUUAACUUACAAUUCAAUUGUUACUUACUGCUUUUGUUCAAAUAUGGUUGUGUUAAGUAGGAUGUUUUCUAGAAUAAUAGCUGGAAGUCUAAGACAUACUCAGAUUGUCCGAUUUAACAGUUAUGAGGCCACUCGCAAAAAUUUAAAAAUUAAUAGCAAUACAAAAGUGAUAUGCCAAGGGUUUACCGGUAAACAAGGGACAUUUCAUAGUAAACAAGCUAUAGAAUAUGGAACUAAUGUUGUCGGCGGAGUUUCUCCUGGUAAAGGAGGCCAGAUGCAUCUUGGUCAGCCAGUGUUUAAUACUGUUAAGGAAGCGAUGAAUGCAACUGGUGCCGAUGCGACUGUCAUCUACGUUCCGCCUCCAGGAGCUGCAGCUGCCAUUAUGGAGGGCAUAGAUGCCGAAAUUCCUCUCAUCGUAUGCAUCACUGAGGGCAUUCCACAGCAGGACAUGGUUAGAGUUAAGCACAAACUAUUGAGACAGAACAAAACACGCUUGCUCGGCCCUAACUGUCCCGGAAUAAUUGCCCCCGAAGAAUGUAAAAUUGGCAUAAUGCCCGGUCACAUACACCAGAAAGGUAGAAUAGGAGUUGUCUCAAGAUCGGGCACGUUAACGUACGAAGCCGUACAUCAAACUACGCAAGUCGGAUUAGGCCAAACGUUAUGUAUCGGCAUCGGCGGUGAUCCGUUUAACGGUACCGACUUCAUAGACUGCCUAGAAGUAUUUUUACAGGAUCCGAAAACUAAGGGAAUUAUUCUUAUUGGAGAAAUUGGUGGAGUUGCCGAAGAAAAUGCUGCGGAAUAUCUCUUAAAGCACAAUUCGGGGCCAGAUGCAAAACCGGUAGUGUCGUUCAUUGCUGGACUGUCUGCACCACCUGGCCGUAGGAUGGGACAUGCUGGCGCCAUCAUUUCUGGAGGCAAAGGUGGUGCUCGUGACAAAAUUAAUGCACUGGAGAAGGCCGGUGUAGUUGUAACAAAAUCACCUGCACAAAUGGGAAUAACUAUGUCAAAGGAAAUGAGGCGUUUAGAGUUAGCGUAAUUGACGUGUUCUACUAUGGUCAUCAAGCCACUAUAGAAGAUUUUAACUUAAUGUUUUGUUUUAAAUUGUUGUAUUAUAUACUACUGUUACACAUGUUAUUUUAUAUCUAUUUGUCAUGUUUAUUUGCGUUUUUGCAUUCUCAUCGUUCCAUCUUUAGUAAUUUUUUACCGCAUUAUUUUAUGAAUCUUCUAGUGAGCUCGAUUAAAUAUUUUUGCAUGUUGCUUGCUUCGUAUGUGUUAGUGUUUAAACACAUACAUAGAUAAAUGUCUUGUAUACAUAAUGGUCCUACUAUACGUUGUUAUCUUACCUACAUAGAAGCUGUUUAAUAUAAAAUACAUCUCUAUAACAUA